AUGGCAGCUAGCCAAUACAUUAACAAUCUUCCUCCCAAUUAUCUUCCUUGUUUGGAACUCAUUACCACCAUAACCCUGUUAUUCUUUCUCACAUACCCUUCUGUUUCUUCACUUUCCUUCAACUAUGAACAAUUCAAGAACAGUGAUCCAACAUUGGAACCUAAAGGAGACGUUCACUGGGAAAAUGGAUGCCUGAACCUCACUAAGUUAGAGAAAGACAGCGUAGGGAGAGUCACCUACAGCGGAAAUCUCCAUCUUUGGGAUGAGAUGACAACAGGGGAUGAGAUGACAAGAAAAGUCACGGAUUUUUCUUCCCAUUUCUCCUUCAUCAUCAAUACACAAGGCAAGACCACCAAUCUUGGAGAUGGCAUAACCUUCUUCCUUGCCGCACCAGGCUUUCCCCUUCCGGAUCCUAAAGAUGGAGCCGGAAUUGGCCUCGUGAGUCGUCUGCAAUUGAAAGAUCCAAAUUACAGAAAGCAGCAUCCUUUUGUGGCUGUGGAGUUUGACACCUUCCCAAAUGUUGAUUUGGAUCCUCCUUAUGAUCAUGUGGGGAUUGAUAUUAAUUCUCUGAACCCAAGUUAUACUAAAAAGUGGUUCACUGUCAAGGAUGGAAGAAAAUACGAUGCCAUGAUCAAGUACAAUUCAAGUUCUUUCAAUUUGAGUGUAAGUUUUAUUGGGUAUGAGAACGGCUCCAGAAUUGAACAGAAUUUCUGUCAUAUUGUCAAUUUGGCUUAUGUUCUUCCAGAGUGGGUUGAGUUUGGAUUCUCUUCUGCAACAGGUUAUUUACAUGAUGAGAUCCAUACUCUUUGCUCUUGGUCCUUCAGUUCAAGUUUAGACAUCGUAGAUCCGAACAAUCAGAGCAAGAUAGGACUUAUAGAAGCAUUGAUCAUAGGAGGAGGUGUUUUAAUAUGUGGAAUGGGGUUAUUUUGGUUUAUAAUUUGGAAUACCAGAAGACGAAGAGGAGGAAGAAUUGGUGCUUUUGGCUUUGAGCUAAUAAGCAUGGAAGAUGAGUUUCAGAGAAUGACAGGGCCGAAUAAGUUUCCAUAUAAUCAGCUUGUCAAAGCAACCGACAACUUUACACAAGAGAAUAAGCUUGGAGAGGGAGGAUUCGGUGGGGUUUACAAAGGGUUCAUAGAAGAAUUGAAUAGCUAUGCUGCUAUUAAAAGGAUAUCACAAGGAUCUAAGCAAGGGGUGAAGGAGUAUGCGUCAGAGGUCAAGAUCAUCAGCCAACUGAGGCAUAAGAAUCUGGUUCGACUGAUCGGUUGGUGCCAUGAGCACAAUGACUUAAUGCUGCUUUACGAGUUCAUGCAAAACGGAAGCUUAGAUUCUCAUCUCUUCAAAGGCAAAAGUCUCUUGACAUGGGAACAAAGAUAUAACAUAGCUCAAGGCCUGGCCUUAGCAUUAUAUUACCUUCAUGAAGAGUGUGAACAAUGUGUGGUUCAUAGGGACAUAAAAGCAAGUAAUGUUAUGUUAGAUCCAAAAUUCAACGCAAAACUUGGAGAUUUUGGGCUGGCUAGACUGGUGGACCAUGCAAAAGGGUAUAAAAGAACAGAUCUAGCAGGAACCUUCGGAUAUAUGGCUCCCGAGUACAUCUCCAAAGGAAAGGCCAGUAGAGAGACUGAUGUGUAUGGUUUUGGAGUCGUCGCUUUGGAAAUUGCUUGUGGGAGAAAAGCAAUCCAAUUUAGUGCCAAUGAAGAACGGGUUUUACUUGUGGAUUGGACUUGGGAACUCCAUAGCAGAGAAAGUGUUCUUGAAGCAGCUGAUCAGAGAUUGUGUGGAGACUUCAACGAGCAAGAAAUGCAGAGGUUGAUGAUGGUGGGAUUAUGGUGUGCUCAUCCAGAUCAUAUUCAAAGGCCUCCUAUGAGACAAGUAGUUCAGGUGCUUAAUUUUGAAGCUCCUUUACCUAAUCUGCCAUCCCAGAAGCCUGCACUUCCAAAUGAUUCUGUUGGAAUCAGUGACUUUAUAUCUUCAAACUCUUCGUCAAGUACUAGUGCUUCGAGGAUCAAUCGUACCUUCCCUUUAAGUGAUGGCUUUUUCACUGGCUCAUCACAAUCAAGCAUUUCUCCAGCAGACCCCAUUCUGCAUACAUACUAAAUUGAGACGAAAUCUGUUCUUAUAAUCUUUUAUGUAGUCUUUUCUGCUGGACAUGAGAAUUGAGAUUCUUUUUUUGUUUCA